AUGGUUAUAAAAGUCGGCAUAAAUGGAUUUGGUCGAAUUGGAAGAGUUAUAUUUAGAAAAUGUCUUCAAAUACCUGAUAUUAUAGUUACUGCAAUUAACGACCCGGCCAUUGAUAUCGAAUAUAUUUGUUAUUUAAUUAAAUUUGAUUCUACGCAUGGCAAACUUAGAGGAAACAUAUCAUUUACUGAAAAUGAGGUUAAUAUUGAAGGAACAAAAAUUAAAAUACUUCACGAGAAAUUACCUAUAAAUAUUCCUUGGGUCAGCGUCGAGGUUCAGUAUGUUGUUGAGGCUUCUGGAAUGUUCACAAGUUUGGAAAAAGCUUCGGGUCAUUUAAGCUCUGGCGUUAAGCGCGUCCUAGUGACUGCACCAAGUCUUGAUAUUCCCAUGCUCAUAGUAGGAGUAAACGAGCACAUGAUUAGUAUCGAGGACAAAGUGUUGUCAUGCGCGUCCAGUACCCUGUAUUGUUUGGCACCAAUAGUCAAGAUUUUAGAAGACAAAUUCGGCGUAACAGAAGGCUUUGUAACAAGUAUACAUGCUAUGACACCUUCGUUGAAACCCCUUGACAGCCUCUGUUUAAGAGGAAGACAUUGGCGAGACCAUAGAAGUAUCCAUCAAAAUAUAAUUCCCGCUGCCACCGGUGCGUGUAAAGCACUUCAUAAAAUAAUACCACAGAUUAAAGAUAAAUUGUCUGGUCUUGCUUUUCGGGUCCCUAUUGUUAAUGUUUCAGUUCUGGAUAUGUCAAUUAGAUUAAACAAGGGCGCUUCAAUAGAAGAUAUUGUGAAAUACAUUCAUCAAUACAGCCAUACUAGUAUGAAAGAUAUAAUUACGAUAUCGAACGAGGAGGCGGUAUCGUCAGAUUUUUUUGGUGAAAAUCAUUCUUGUAUAGUUGACGUUAACUCCAGCUUCCAACUAUCAUCCAAUUUCUUAAAACUGGUUUGUUGGUAUGAAAACGAGUACUCGUACGCGUGUCGUGUUGUAGAUACAAUAUUAUUCUCGGAACGACAAUUUCAGCACGUUUUUAUACCCAUUAAUAUCGAAUCUAUAUCAGAAGGCACUAAAACGAACAGAUGCAAAAGUAUCUUCAUUCCUAACAAUUAUAGUUUCCAAAUAAACCCUGAUAUGAUAUCGAGUGCAUCGCAAGACACUGGCUUUAAAAUGAAGUUAUUUCCGAAAACAUUAAAUAACAAUACACUAGGUUACCGUUAUAUACCCAAGCCUCAGACAACUUUAAGACGUGUUGUAAAUAAAACGAAUGAAGUAUUAAAAAGUAACAAAACAGAUGAUGAAACUCACUCUCAAAAUGAGAUUGGCCCGCUUUUUCAAAGCUGCCAACAUUUGGGACCCGCUUGUGUAGCACAAAGUAGAGAAUUAAGAAAUCAUGAACAGCUUGAAAAGGUGAAGAAAGAAUUCUCCAAAGUUGUAAAUAUGACAGAAGAUUUGUUAAAGAAAUCAAGCCACUGUAAUAACCAGAUAAAUAAAAGUAGCAAAACUAUUCCAGAAAUGGAACCUGUUACAUUAGAUAUGGAUGAGAAAAAUUCAGAAAACAAUCAUAUUAAUGAUGCAAAACAAGCUAUUGAACCAAUAGUUGAAUUUAAUAAUGAACCUGAAACUAACGAAACUCUUGUAAACAUAACGACUGAAAAUAAAGAAGUUUAUAAUAUAACUACUUCUAAUACAACAAUAAAUAUGCGAGAAGAUUCUGCAAUUAUUCAGACUAGUAAUGUCAUUGAAGAUACUACGAAAAAUAAAACAAGCAACUUUGGUAAACUUCUGGAAUAUGUGAAAUCUGAAGCAAAUUCACUUCCAAGCAUUUCUGAAGUAGGGAUGUCAGAAAAUCAUAUUCCACACAUAAAUCUCCUAAAGAGUGACAAUAACACUAUAAAAUUAGGACAAGAGGAUAUCAUUUGCAAUAUAGUACAAGUCUCUAAUAAUGACAGCACAAUAACGGAGGGGAUUAUUAAGGAUACGAUAAUAACACAAAUUAUAGAUGUGCAAAUAACAGAACAAUGUGAACCACCUCAAAAAUCAGACGCCAAUUUAGGUCUUGAAAACAAAAAUAUUGAUCCAAUAGGAGAAGAAAUCGUUUUUCCUGAUAAAAUAUAUUGUGAAAACGUUAUUUCUGAAAAUGAUGAAAGCGUACCAACAAACGUUUGUAAACAAAAUAAAAAUGAUAAAAAAUACGUAAAAGAUCAAGAAAAACCGGAACGACUCAUCAUUAAUAACGUACCAAAAAAUCAAAUGGUGGAAAGAAUUUUACAUAAAAUAAAUAGAAUGGAUGUAACCUCAGCAGGAACAUCAAGGUGCGUCAGCCCAUGUAUAUCAAUUAGCAAUUUUAGACCGCGGAAGAAACAAGAUAUAUUCGAUAAACUGGAUAGCGCUUCAGGGUCUGAUUCAGAAACCUCCUUCGAAGAAAAGAAAUCCCAAGUAAUUAACAUAACAGAUUUAACUAAUUCCAUCGAAGAUAUAUCUCGUUUAGAUAAAAUAUGCCGGAUUAUUGAAAUAUCAGACGAAUUAUCAGAUAAAUUGUUUUCAGCGUUAAACACCGACACACUGAAUAAAAACAAAACUUGGUCUUUCAAAGACCUUUGUGAACGUAUCAAAUUGGAUGAUUUUUGUAAUAAAGUGUUUGGUCCGUAA